GCUCUUUGUGUUUGAGCCUGUAUCGCAAGGAUCGAGAGGGAACAGACGGCUUAUAACGAUUUUCGUUUCGGUUCUGUUUGAAUCAGGUCGGGCUCGUCUGUCCCGGGGCACCGGGAUUUGCUUGACAGUGAAGAAGGAAGGCGGCUCGAAGAGGCGGAGUCAAAGGAACCGUGAGAAGUUUGAACCUGUUUAAAGGCGACGCGCUGCUUUUAAUCAACCGGGAAAAGGCGGUGUAAAUCAAGCAAAGUAAUUACAGAUCCCGGCAUAGAAAACCAAAACAAGACAGGGUGAGGAGAGGAGACGCGACGACACGGUGGGACGAAAACCAACUUGAAAGGUGUACACAGAAAACGGCGGAAACGCUGUCAUGCCGCUCUGCUCAAAAGGAAAACAUCCGCUUCUCUACUACUACUGCAUCAAGUUUACCCUGAAUGUCUAUUCCAUAUUCUUCUGGUUGGUGGGUCUGGUGGUCUUGUGCAUUGGUAUCUAUGCUGAGAUUGAACGUCAGAAGAACACUACAGUUGAGGGACUUUUCCUGGCACCUGCUGUCAUCCUUAUCCUGCUUGGCAUCAUCAUGUUCAGUGUGUCACUUGUCGGAAUGGUGGGGUCUCUACGUGACAAUAAGACACUCCUACAUGUGUUUCUCUGUGUCCUGAGUGUGCUCCUGGUGCUGCAGGCCAUUGCCUUAAUCAUCGCUCUAGUCUUUGGAAACAAGACGGCAGCAGUUUUCCAGAGCAGCAUAAGAGAGGGCAUCAAGCAUUAUUAUGAUGACCUGGAUUUUAAGAACAUUCUGGACUUUGUUCAAGAAAAGCUUUCCUGUUGUGGGGGAGAUGAGUACAAAGACUGGGCCGUGAACCAUUAUCAUUCCUGUAAUGGGACGGGUCCACUGUCUUGUGGAGUGCCUUACACCUGCUGUAUCAACAAGAAGGAAGCUGGGGCAGUUGUUAAUACACUCUGCGGAUACAAGACUCUGGAUAAAGAGCGUUUGGAGGUUAAUGAUAUCAUCUAUGUACGCGGCUGUAUUCAUGCAGUGAAUCUCUGGUUUGGGGACAACAUUGGAAUUUCCUUCAGCUUGUGCUGUGCAGUGGUGCUCCCACAGCUGUUUGGCAUUAUCAUGUCUUGCCUAUUCUGGAGCAAACUGAAGGAAAUGAGCGAGUCUACAGACGCAGUGGACUUCAGGAUCAGAGGCCUGGGAGAAUACAACUUCAGCGAGUUGGACCUGUCUGGUGCUGGCUGGUGCCUCUGCCUUCCACGAGAUGGUGGCUAUCUCCCUGUCCCUGAGGCAGAGCCUUGGGAUCAGAAAUGCGAAGAUCUGCCAAUUGAAACUGCUCCUGCUCCCACUCCCAGGAAGCCACUAGAAAGCAGCGGGAAUUUACAUUUGUAUCAGGGGUUUGAUGAAAUCGACCAGGCCUUUUAGAAUCUCUGUGUUGAAUUCACUUUUUUUAUUGUUUAUCCUUCUGUUUUAGUGGCCAAACUUUUGUAACCCAAAGGUAUUUCCUUCAUUGAAGAUCUGAAGUGUUAUUCUUUUUUGAAAUCUCCUUCAACAUUUAAUGUUUUUUGGAAACAUGAAAGCCAGUCAGCAAAUGUGUUAAGGCUGGCCUCCUGUGUCCUUUACCUUUCACGCUGGCCACACUGGGGGAUUUCUUGAUCAAUAUGCUAAGAAAAGGUCAUCCCCAUUUACGUGAAGAUGUCAGGGACAAACCGCCUCGGGUCUAACAGUGUUUUGUCUUAAAUUUGGGUCAACUAAUGCACUUCAUUAGCUGCACUAAAAAUGUCUUUGCUGUUUUUGUACAUUUGAAAUGGAGGACCAAUCCUGCUUAGUAAGCAGAUGGUGGACAUCAUUUGACUUGCGUGUGAGUGUGUGUGUGUGUGUGUGUGUGUGUGUAUGGCUGUAUAUAGUGUGUGUUAUCCUCAGGUGCAAGGGUCUAGAACAGAUCCCUGAUGAACUCUAAUACUAACACACAUUUGCUGCUUUUUCAGUUAAAAAAAAAAAAAAACUAUUUUUCUUUGUUCUUUUUAUAUGACUGUUUUGGUAUGGCGCCUGACAAUUGCGAUGAAUUUAUUUUAGUUUAUUUUUUGGUUAUUUAAAAACCAAUGAAACUGUGAUAUUUAGAAGUCAGACAUUUAUGGGACUAAUUGCAUGCCAUCUGACAGUUCUGAAUAUUCAGGUGACUCGUUUUUUAUUUCAUUUACUUGAAUAGAAGCCUUGGUCUUCUUAAAUAAAGCAGCAACUUGUCCUGCA